AUGAAGAACCGCUUGAAGAGGACAUACAUUUAUAUAAAAUCAAAUUUGAACAAUAUAUCGUCUAUAGCAAGUAUAAUAUGCCUUCUCGAUUGUGUUUUAAUUCCUGUCAUUACCGUCGUGAUUUCUAUCUUUGAUGUAGCCAAGGGUUCCGACCAUGGCCAUGACCAUCACGACCAUGACCAUGACCACCACUAUGGGUGGCACGAAAUAGUAGAGAAGGUUGCGCUGUACGUGAUGACGCCGAUCAUUUCCUUUACGACCAUUUACAAUUUCAUUCAGCUGAAAAACAUCUCCCUCUUUCUUAUGACCCUCGUGGGAAUUACAUUGUUUGUUUUGACGCACGCGCAUAUUCAGGUCCCCAACCAAAAUGUAAUGAAUUUCUUAAGAAAAAUGCACAUACCAUUGGCAAUAUUAGCGGCUAUUUUUUUAAUAGGUACAAAUCGUGCAGCACACAAACUUUUAAAGUCGAAGAACUUGGAUCGGUGCUGUAAACACAAGAAAAUAACAAAUAAUUUCGAUAAACACUCAUGCACAGAGCACCAGUCUUGCGAUCAUCAUCAUCAUCAUCAUCACGACCACCACGACCACCACCACCAUCACCAUCAUCACCACCAGGAUGAUUUAGAAAUGAAUGAGGAUAACUACGAUAUGCAUAAUAACAAAGGCAAGAAUGAUAAUUCUGCCAGCUUUGAAAGAUAUUAUCAUAUUGGAUUUCAGCAGAAUGGUGAUCAAGAAUUAGUUAGAUUUUUGUGA